UCACUCUUCAUUUACAGAAACUACUACUUGACACUGACAAAACCUACUGUAUGGUGGUCAAACGGGAACUAAGCGAUUUACUACCGAGACACAGACUGCUGCAGCGUAAACAAUAUAUUAAUCACAAAACAGAGUAAAAGUGUUGUAAUCCAGCUCAUCAUGGUGGACCAGCUGGCUUUCACGCAAGAGAACAGAGAGCGGAUCCAGGCAGUGGAGAACUCCUUUGGCCCCUCUGGGAAGUCCCUGUUCAGACCUGGCCGGGUCUUGAUAGGCGAGGGGCGACUGAUGAAGCUGUGUCGACGCCGCCCACAGCCCAAAGUAUUUUACUUGUUUAAUGACAUUUUGGUCUACGGUAGCAUCAUCCUUCAUGGACACUGGCACAAGAACCAGCAGAUAAUCUCCCUGGAGGAUAUCCAGCUAGAGAACCUGGAGGACGGGGUCAGCAUGGAGAACCAGUGGCUGAUCCGCACCCCACGGAAGUCAUUUUACGUGUCAGCUGCCUCUGCUGAGGAGAAGCAUGCCUGGAUGAAGCACAUCGAAGACUGCAAGUUCAAGCAGCUGCAGCAUGCCGGCUGUCAGCCCGGAUGCACCUUCGCCACCACCUGGAUCCCUGACCGGGCGUCCGACAUUUGCAUGCGCUGCUCUAAAACAUUUCGGGUCAACAAACGUCGCCACCACUGUCGUCGCUGCGGCUUCGUCGUCUGCAACGCCUGCUCCAAGAACCGGGCCGUAAUCUGCCACAUCUCUACUAAGCCUGUGAGGGUAUGUCGACUGUGUCACCUCGGUCUCCAGGACCAUGGGGCGCUGACCCAGGACGAGGUGCGUUCACGGGGGGACAGUGAUGGGAGGAACUGCUCUGAUGAAUACGAACUGGUCAUGCCUGAGUACGAGGCGACUAUCGACAAUGAGGCAGAUGAGCGGGUAGAUGACCACGCACCACACAAGUGGGUUGAGUCUCAGAUCAACUCUUGGUCCCCGUAUAACUAUUUAAAACCGCACCAUCAAAGUCCCAAUCUCACUGGCUUGUCAAGCCACUUGACUUGAAUUGGAUUGACUUUUGGACAAUGUGAGAGGACACUGAAAAGUAUUUACUGAAUGAGUAUGUGGUGAAGAAGUGUCAAAUCAAGACGUUACAUGGUCACAUGUAAUCAGAAAUAUUGUGCAAAUAUGAACACUAAUGGAUCAAUAUAUUCCUGUUAAUAUACCUUUGAGUGUAUUGGGGGGGGGGGGGGCUUAUUUGUGUCAUCCGUUUGAUAAAUGUUAACCUGUAUUAUGCAUUGUUGACUGUCCAUUAUACACACAUGCAGCAUCUUUGUUUACAUGAAAUAUUUUGCACUGAAUACUUUUAUAUUCAUCCUAUACUUAUCUUCUUUAAAAAAAGGCAUGUUGACUAAGAUAACGUGCCCAUAUUAUGUGUACCUGCAAUUAUAACUCUAAAUGACAAUACCUAUACUCGUUUAUCACAUUCACAUUCACAUCAACCAUUUACCUAUAAAAUAAAAAAUAUUUUGAUAGCAACCUUUUGUCAUCCUUGUCCUGAACACCUGGUAAGAUUGCUUUGUUGACCUCCAAACAGCUGUAAUCAAACUAUUAAGUGCUUAGUGUUACAAAAGUCCAGCAGACACAUGAAACAGUCCUGGGGCAACAGGUGCAGUAAAUAAGCCUUCAGAGAGUUCAAGUUCAAGUUCUUCCGUCACUUGAUUUUCCUAACUCCAGUGUUGUCAUUGGCAAUACUCAGGCCAACUGCCAAUGACAUUUGUCUAUCAUGAACACUUUAUCUAGAAGUCUUUGCUAGGUAAAGCUCUGCCAUAGUUCACUGGUCACCAUAACAACACCCACCCGUAGGAAAAAGGGAAAAAAAAGUUGAAAUUGGAGACAUAUCUCCCUCACUCACUUUAAGCAUCACCUAUCUGAGCAGUUUACCGAUCGCUGCAGCUGUACACAGCCCAUCUGUAAAUAGCCCAUCCAACUACCUACCUCAUCACCAUAUUGUUUUUAUUUACUUUUUUUGCACACCAGUGUUUCUACUUACACAUCAUCAUCAUCAUCUGAACAUCUAUCACUCCAGUGUUAAUUUGCUAAAUUGUAAUUACUUUGCUACUAUGGCCUAUUUAUUGCCUUACCUCCUCACGCCAUUUGCACACACUCUAUAUAUAUAUUUUUAUAUUGUGUUACUGACUGUACGUUUGUUUAUCCCAUGUGUAACUCUGUGUUGUUUUUUUGUCGCACUGCUUUGCUUUAUCUCGGCCAGAUCACAGUUGGAAAUGAGAACUUGUUCUCAACUGGCCUACUUGGUAAAAUAAAGGUGAAAUAAAAUAAAAAUACAAAAUAACACUUCAAAGGCAUUUCAAACAAAAUCAG